AAGCACAAAUCUUUAGGACGAACAAGGAUGUCGACAUCUUCAGUUCAAACGACGGAACUUGCAACCGGCGUCUUCAUAUCAAUAAUUGUAGCUGCAGGAUUGGCUAUAGUUAUCCUUAUAUUCGCAUAUCGCUACUUUUUCCGUUUAUCUAGCGAUUAUACAGCAUUGUCAGAUGGUACAAGAUACAAUUCUUCACACGUACCACGCGAGUUUUUGAAUGACGAAGAGUCAUUGGUCCACUUAUCAGAAGAAUAUGAUUUUACUUUACUCUCAGCAGAAGAACAAGUGGCAUAUUUGAAAGCUGAGGAGUUUACCAAGAAUUCACCUCCGAACUUCCACCAUGCCAAGGGAUCUUCAUACACACCAGUUGACGACCUUGCAAUUCGCGAUAGAGGACUUAAUGCCUUUGAAUUUGAACAAGACCUGGAUUUUUUACAACCAAGGUAUAUAGUUGAGGAUAGAACGGAGAUCAAUUUUACUAAUAAUGAUACUCCAUAUUCUUGUGCUACUUCUGUUUUAAAUUAUAGUUUACCAGUGAAAAACAGAUCUAUUGCUGACACUGUAUAUUUUGAAACUAAAGUUUUUGAAUUCAACCCACAAAAUGAUUCACAUUUUGCUAUUGGUCUUGUAACUAAACCAUACCCAUCAACAUUUAGAUUACCCGGAUACAAUGGAUUUUCUCUUUCAUAUGAAUCCACCGGUAACUUGAAGAUCAAUAAACCAUUACCUACUCCAUUACAACAACACCAGGGUGAUAAUAGUGUUUAUAAUGCGUUAGUUCUCCCACCAUUACAACAAUCGGACGUUGUUGGUUUUGGUUAUGUUAUCCCAACUGGUACAUUGUUUGUAACUCAUAAUGGGAAGAAACUUAUGGAUAUCAUGAAGGGAUGUUACGUUGAUUUAUAUCCAGCAAUUGGAUGUUUCCAAACUAAUGCCAAGUUUCAAGUAAACUUUGGAGAACUUGGAUUUGUAUGGAUUGAAGCUAAUGUUAGAAAAUAUGGAUUUAUUUCUAGUAGUGAUUAUAAGAAAAUCAAGGGAGACCGUGGACUUGCGGCUCUUCCAGAAUAUGUCACUACCAAUGGUGGAGAUAAGAUAUUGGACAAAGGAGAGGAAUUACCACCUAGAUACCCAGAGGAAGAAUUGGACUUUUUUGGUAGAUCUACAUCUAGCAUGGCUCCAGGUACUUCAUCCCAACUUCAACGGUCCAAUGAUAGCGAAAAAGGUGGAAAUGAUGAAGUUUCCAUUGAGGAAGAACCAAAGCCAGAAAAUGAUCACACAUCAUCUACAAUCGUUACACAUGAACCUGAGGAAGUGAUGGAUCUCAGAGAGAGAAUUUAUGAACAAAGUCUGGCGCCAACUGUUGUUGAAGAAACAACUCCAUUGAUAUCUUCUGACCCAUCUCCAAUGUAUGAAUCUGAAGACAAAGAAAUUUCCCUUGAUGGUGAAACCUCCAACAAUGAUCCAUCCACUGAUGAACCAUCAUUCAACAGUGACCCAUCUAGAGAGACAACGCCAGCAACCAAUCAAAUGACCAACAAUUCCGACUCCAAUGUCGCUAUUUCUAAUCCUUCUGCAACCACUCCCCAACCUAACAAUUCAAAUAAGAAGAAGAAUAAUAAAAAGAAGAAGAAUAAGAAUGGUAAGAAAAAGGGGAAGAGAAAGUAGAAUGCAUUGUUGUUUCAAUAGGUUAUAUAGUAAUAAAACACCUUUUUUUUUCAGGAAUUAAAC